AUGACGGAUCUGGGAGAGUUGUUGGACCGACUGGGACUCUCGCAGUACCUAGAGCGGCUUGUCGAUGAGGGGUUCGAAAAAUGGGAGGCCGUUAUGGACAUCACGGAGCAGGAUCUCGGCUUCCUCAAUUUUAAGUUAGGCCAUCGAAGGAUUCUGCAACGAGAGAUUGCAAGUGCGAGGGGCAUUCCACCACACCAAGCGUUAACGUCAAUACCGCCAAUUUACCCUGCAGAAGAUGUUGAGGACGAGAGAUUAUCCCCUAAAGAGCAUCCCUCUUCCAAAUCGGAUCCCGGAAAGGGAGGAAUACCUCCUACAGGAAAGAGAAAAUAUCGUCGGCAUCCAAAGCCUGAUGAACGGGCACCAGAAAAACCUCCAUCCGCAUAUGUUAUGUUCGCCAAUCGUGUACGAGAUGAACUCAAAGGACAGAAUCUCUCUUUUACUGAUAUUGCAAAGCUUGUCGGCGAGAAGUGGAAGGUUCUCGAUCCAGACCACAAAGAAACGUAUGAGCUUGAAGCUUCUAUAGCCAAAGAGAAGUAUAAUUCGGAGAUGCAGGAGUAUAAGAAGACUGAGAGUUACCGGGAGUACAUCCAAUAUCUUUCAGACUUCAGGUCAAAGAUGGGAAAGGAAGGGAGGGAAGGGAGUGAACAAGCGGAAGCAAACCGAAAACGACCUAAGAUCGAAGGCCAAACCAGUUCUGCAGGCGGAGUAUUUGCAAGCACUGUUAGUAGCAGCGGAAGUUUAAAUAGUGGAAUCAGCGCUACGGCGCCUUUUCUUAGUGGUAUCGGGAGAACCGGGGGUGCUGGCUCUGGAACUGCGACAUCCUCAGAACAAAGUGCUUACGCCUCUCCCUCUGGUCAUGAGUCUUCAAACGCCUUCCAUCAUAUGAAUGUUCAAUCUGUUUCUCCUUCUGCAGCCAAGCCUGUUGCCAUUUCUCCACCGCGCCGGUCGAGGUCACCUUCAGAUGUUGCCCGUUACAGAGAUGCUGUUCUAAGAACGACCCAACAGCAGCAACAGGAAGCUCUUGUUGCUCCAACUUCCGACGCAGAACCAUCAUUCUUCCCCCGUAUUCACCCAACCAUACAAAGCCCUCAUAUACAGCAGCAAUCCUCGUUCUUGCGACAUCAACCUCCUCCGAUAGGGGCCCAGCCCUUAUCAAGGCCAGGACCACCAAUACCAAAUCCAGCUAUGCGUAGGUCAAGUGUACGAUCUGACGAUGUGCUUCCACCAACACCAGCCUCAAUCAGCAGUAGUGGGAGCUCAACGGCUCCCUCACUAACACCUUCAAUGUCCAAUUUUGACGAUGGGGGUCGUUCCCAUCGCUCACUCCCGUCUCUUCCUCCACCCACUCCUGGGCCAACAACCGGGCCCGGUUACUUUGAUCAACGACCUCAUCAUCCACAACCUCCCCCUCCGCCAUCACCUCGACAAUUUUCCCAUCAUCAGUCAUUUCCGCCACCAACUCCUAUGGGCCAUCCCUCACAUUCAAGCUAUCAUGGGUAUCAAUCAACAUCCCAAUUACCAACUAUAAACCAAGCCACACAUGAUACGUCCAAUAUGUCAACCUCGACCUCAAGGGAGACACACUCAUCCUCGCUAAACCAAAAAUCAUCGUCUGGAAGGUGA